AUCCACGCAGCCGGGACUCCGUCUACCCAGACCCAAGAAAUCUGGUCAUGAGGCCUCCAACCCGCCUGCUGCUGCUCUCGGGGGCCCUGGCCCUGACAGAGACCUGGGCGGGCUCCCACUCCCUGAGGUAUUUCCACACCGCGAUGUCCCGGCCCGGCCCCGGGGAGCCCCGCUUCAUCGCCGUGGGCUACGUGGACGACACGCAGUUUGUGCGGUUCGACAGCGACUCCCCCAGUCGGAAGGCGGAGCCGCGGGAGCCCUGGAUGGAGCAGGAGUGGCCGGAGUACUGGGACGGGGAGACGCGGAACUUCAGGAACGCCAUGGCCGUGUACCGGGGCAGCCUGAACACCCUGCGCCGCUACUACAACCAGAGCGCGGCCGGCUCUCACACCCUCCAGGUGAUGUCUGGUUGCGACGUGGGGCCCGACGGGCGCCUCCUCCGCGGGUACAGUCAGCUCGCCUAUGACGGCGCCGAGUACCUGGCCCUGAACGGGGACCUGCGCUCCUGGACCGCGGCGGACACGGCCGCGCAGAUCUCGCGGCGCAGGCGGGAGGUGGCCGGAGAGGCGGAGCGCCAGAGGAACUACCUGGAGGGCAGGUGCGUGCAGUGGCUGCGCAGAUACCUGGAGCACGGGAAGGAGACGCUGCUGCGCUCAGAGGCCCCAAAGACACAGGUGACCCACCACCUCAACUCUGAACAGAAGGUCACCCUGAGGUGCUGGGCCCUGGGCUUCUACCCAGCGGACAUCACCCUGACCUGGCAGCGAGAUGGGGAGGACCUGAUCCAGGAGACAGAGCUGGUGGAGACCAGGCCUGGGGGGGACGGAAGCUUCCAGAAGUGGGCGGCUGUGGUGGUGCCUUCUGGAGAGGAGCAGAGAUACACGUGCCAUGUGCAGCAUGAGGGGCUACAGGAUCCCCGAGUCCUGACUUGGGUGCCCCCUUCUCAGUCCUCCGUCCCCACCGUGGGCAUCAUUGCUGGCCUGGUUUUCCUUGGAGCUGUGCUCACUGGAGCUGGGUGGCUGCAGCUGUGAUGUGGAGGAAGAAGCA